AUGCUCCACAAGCGCAUCUGCUAUUCCCCGCCCGCUCCUCCCUCUUCCACAACCUCAUCAACGAACACCGCCUCCUCGCCUCCUCAACUCGGAACAAUCCUCUACCACGGUCCCGUACCGCCUACGAAGGGAAACUGGUACGGUGUGGAAUGGGACGAGCCGGCGAGGGGGAAGCACAGUGGGGUGUAUGAGAAGACGGGCGUGAGGUACUUUGUUCCCCGAGUCGAGGGAGCCGGCAGCUUCCUCAGACCGGACGCAAAAGGCCUCGACAUCGAAGGGAAGACCUUCAGCGAAGCGCUUCACGCCAAAUACCUCGACUACAGCUCGCCCUCUUCCUCCCAGCCUUCCACAUCGGCAUCGCCCACAUCCCAAGACCCUCAAGUCCGUGCUGCGACCCAGCGCUUCGCGACCGACAGCAACUUCGAGGUCGAGGUCGUCCUGAACGAUCGAGUGAACGAGCGGUUCAGGCAGCUCGGAAGGCUAAGGGAGGUCGGACUCGAGUGGGAGGGCGUGAGUUGCGCUACGCGGAGCGGCGAGAAGGGUGAGGAGGAGGAGCUGCGACGUCUCGGCCAGCAGCUAAAGAACCUUGAAGUCCUGAACCUCAGCUUCUCACUCCUCCCGACGCUCGAAGAAGCUGACCGCAUCGCGGCAGUCCUCCCCAAGCUGCGGAGUCUCGCACUCAACUCGAACCGCUUCGUCCGCGUCCAUUCGCCAACUUCGCUGGGUGGCCUCGAAUGCUUGACGAGCUUGCAGCUCAACAACACGCUCAUGCCAUGGUCAGAAGUCCGCCUCAUCUCCUCUUCAUUGCCCAACCUCGUCGACCUACAGUUCGGCUUCAACCGCCUUCGACGUCUCGGAGAUACUGGACACGUCGACCAGAUCGCUAAUGCCGACUCUUCACUGCUGCCGAGCCUGAAGAGGCUUAACUUGGAGUCAAAUGAGCUGGACGACUGGGCAGACAUCGUAGGCGAACUUAGCUUCCUCCCAAGCCUCGAGGAGCUAUACCUCACCAGCAACCGCCUCAAGUCUCUCGCCUUGCCGCAGCCUCGAACGCAACCUCCUCCUGCAACUUCAGCAUCUCCUUCCCCGCCUCAGCUCACUCGCUUGCGACAUCUGUCACUGUCGGAGAACCUCUUGGAAUCGUGGGCGACGUCGGUCGACGCUCUCGCCGCAUUCCGCGACUCCACCUUCCCCAGCCUCACAAGCAUGCGGCUGUCCGAUAACCCGCUCUUCCGUCCGCGCUCUGCACCCACGACCGAAGCGACAGAGACACAGCCAGCCUCAAAUGCAGACGACCGACACCUCCUGCACUCGCGUCUGCUCAUCAUCGCUCGACUACCCUUCCUUACCGAACUCGAAGGCACGGUGAUCUCGCAAGCCGAGCGCGACGAUGCGGAGCGGUUUUGGAUCGAGCAGGUCGCGCGGGGGAAGGAGGAGGAGGCGGCGUUGUCGGAGUGGGCGAGAGGACGGCUAGCGGAGCUUCGGCAGAAGUGGCCAGACGUUGCCGGCUCGUUGGAUUCGAGCGGAGUGAACGGCGUCGCCCGAGAAGCUAAACGGACGCUCAAGAACCGCCUUAUCCGACUUCACGUCCGCCCCGACCCUUCGGUCCUAUCCAUUACCGCCGCCACACCUCUCGAACUCUCCGUCCUGCCCUCUCUUCGCACACUUCUCCUUCGCACGCAAAUCUCGCGCCUGAUCGGCAAGCCACUACCGAAAAGCAAGUUCCGGCUCGUCGCAGUGCUCAAGCCCGGAACGGACGCACGAGGCGAGGACGGCGAGGAGGUCAGGGUGGAGAUCUCGCCGGCGGAAGAGGGCAAGGAGGUGAGCUGGUGGGGUCUCGAGGACGGCGACGCGGUAGAAGUCGUAGCACUGUAA